AUGCCUCCUCCAGAAGAAACUAUUGCCGAGAAGAACUCCUCCUCCGAGUACCUCCACCACUCGCUGAACACCAGCUCAGAUAUAGGUGAACCCAAUAAGGACAAUGUCUUGGAAACCACCGAAUCUACUACAUCUCUAGACACUAAUGACGGAUUCAAAUUCACCCAGGACGACGUCAAAGCUAUUUUGAUUGACGACGAUGAGUACAUGCCUGUGAUGACGUUGCGGAUGUGGGUUAUGGCCAUUUGCCUUGGAGCAGUGAUUGCUGGAGUAGACGCUUUCUUCAGCAUGCGAUUCCCAACCAUCCAUAUCUCGAUUGUUGUCAUCCAGGUCAUUUCAUGGCCUAUCGGUCAGUUCUGGUACUGGGUGGUUCCCCAAUGGACGGUUCCACUUCCCUUUGGCUGGUCCUUCAACUUGAACCCUGGACCGUUCAACUACAAAGAACAUACAUGUAUUUUUGUCUUCUGCAAUGUCGUCAUCAGUGCUGGUUUGGUCAACAACGUCGUUAUUGAAGACGUAAAGUACUUCAAAAAGGAUAUCGGCAUUGGUCGCCAGAUUCUCUUUAACUUGGCGUGCUAUAUCCAUUCAGUGGGCCUUGUGGGUGUGUUCAGAGACUUGAUGAUCACUCCCGCCGAAAGAGUAUGGCCUGGCGUUCUUUCCAAUAUUGCUUUAUUUAAGGCGAUCUACUCUACAGACAAUCCAGUGGUCCAUGGCUGGAAAAUGCACCGCUGGGCGUUCUUUGUGAUUGUGUUUCUUUGCUCCUUCGUCUACUAUUGGUUCCCAGACCUUAUCUUUCCGUUUUUCUCCAAUAUUGGAGCCUGGAUCAGCUGGAUUAAACCAGAUAGUGCUCCUCUUUCCCAGGUCUUUGGCGUCAAAAGUGGCCUUGGUCUCUUCCCACUUACCCUAGACUGGACGCAAAUCACAUCCAUCAACAACCCACUAACCACUCCAUUUUUUGCUGUGGCAUCGAUGUUUGCUUCGUUUGUCUUCUGGAUCUGGAUAGUCAUGCCUGGCCUUUACUACCAGAACCACUGGAACACGGCCCAUAUGCCUAUUAUGAGUAAUAGUGUGUUUGACAUGUCUGGCAAGCAGUAUAACUUUUCCAGGGUCGUAGACAACGACUGGACGCUUGACAAGGACAAGUUUGAUGCUUAUUCUCCAGCAUUUAUGCCUGUGGCAUUUUUGAUCAGUUUGGCUCUUGGAAUAGCUGUUUUUGCUGCUCUAGUUGUCCAUACCGCCUUGAAGUUCCGUUCAGAAAUCUGGGAUCCAUGGGUGAACAGAGACAAGCACGAGGAUAUCUUCAACAAGGCUCUCAAGCAGUAUAAAGUGUUCCCAAGAUGGUACUAUAUCAUAUUAUUGGUUAUUGCGUUGGCACUUGGAUUUGCGUUCUCUGAAGGCUGGGAAGAUUCACCUAUAGAUGCUGGUGGGUACUUUGUAUCUGUUCUUAUCGGUACUGUCAUGUUUGUGCCUCUUUCUCUUCUUGAAGCCAGAGCUAACACCAUUGUUUCCUUGCAAAGCUUCUUUGAAAUCGUUUCUGCCAACUGGUACAAGGGAAACUCAUAUAACUUGCUUUACUUCUACAGUUUUGGGUUCUCCAUCAUCCAGCACGGGAUGCACAUGGCCCAGGGCGCCAAAAUGGCCCAUUACAUGCGUGUUCCCCCUAAACAUAUCAUGGUGGUGCUUGUGUUUGCUGGUAUCUGGGCAUCCAUGGUGAACCCAGCAGUCACUGGGUACUUGUUGUACAAUUUCAACGACAUUUGCACUCCAAAAGCAAAGAACAACAUGGUUUGCCGUAAACAAAAAACCGCCUUCAAUACCCAGCAAAUGUGGGGUUUGUUUGGUAGCGAGAUCUUUGCUCCUGGUGGAAGAUACGCCUGGGUCUUAUGGUUCUUCCUUGUGGGUGCUUUAGUUCCUAUUGCACACUUUGCCUGGUGCAAAUACAGACCCAAAACAUGGGUCAAGCGGUUUGAUCCUAUUUUGUUCUUUGGCGGUGCUGCUAUGAUUCCUGGUGUUACUGGGUAUAACUUUUCGUGUUGGUUCGUCACAGCAGCUGUGUUCAACUACUUCAUCCACCGUAAAUACACAGACUGGUGGAGGAAGUAUAAUUUCGUGAGUUCGAUUGCUCUUGACGCCGGAGUGGCCAUAGCUGCUAUUUUGAUCUACUUCUGUGUGGUUUACACUGGGGCAUCUGAGAAUUAUAAAUGGUGGGCUACAGAAGUGGCCAAGAAGGGCUGUGACGCCAAAGGAUGCCCCCACUUGGCCAAGAAGAUCCCUAAACCGAAGGGGUACACUUAUUAG